AUGUCUCUCUCUACAUGUAAGCGAAAAAUUGAGGACGAGAAUCGUCGAUUCAACCCAGCAUGGACUGAGAAAUAUUUGUUUAUUUUGCCGACUGCCAACGCCAAACCAAUGUGUUUGAUAUGCAACGAAUGCAUUUCUGUGCUAAAAGAUUACAAUAUUCAGAGACACCACCUGGAAAAACACCCAACAUUCCGCGUGAACUUCCCGGAGGGAUCUGCAGAGAGGGCUGCUAAAGUACAGAGCCUGAUCGCGUCUUACUCUCGGAGCACGACAACCAUGGUAAGAGCUUGCACCUCUCAAGAAAGAGCUACAUCAGCAUCUCUGAGGGUAGCUUGGAUUUUGGCUAAAAAGAAAAUGCCAUUCACCGUCUCCGAAACAGUGAAAGAAUCUGCGUUGGCCAUGGUGGAGGAGGUCAUAAGUGAUGAAAAAAUAAAAACAAAUGUGGUGUCAGCUCUCAAAAACGUCCCCUUGUCAGACACCUCUAACAGUCGUAGAGUAGAAAUACUUGCUACCCAAGCAUUUGACUCACUGCUAAAUGAUCUGAAAAAAGCUGACGUGAUGUCUGUAGCUGUAGACGAGUCAACAGAUCAAAGUGAUACAGCACAAUUGUGCAUAUAUGUGCGCUUUUAUGAUGGCACAAUCUUUCGAGAGGAGCUGCUCGGCUUACUGCCGUUAGAAGAACACACAACGGGCGAGGUGAUUUUUGACAAAAUUUCAUCUUUCUUCAGGGACAACGGUCUGGACAUGAAACGUGUGUGCAUGCUUGUGACUGAUGGGGCUCCAUCCAUGACAGGCAAAAAAAGUGGGUUGGUAGCGCGUUGGUCUGCUAUCUCACCUGACUUGAAAUAUGUGCACUGCAUUGUGCACCAGGCAGUGCUGUGUUCAAAGCUAAGCGGGGAGCUGAAAGAAGUGAUGGAUGAUGUGAUGGCUAUAAUUAACUUUAUUCGAUCCACGUCAAGCCUCCAACAUCGCUUGUUCCGUCAGCUGUUGGCAGAAAUGAAUGCAGACCAUUACGAUCUCCUUUUGCACAACGAUGUCCGAUGGCUGUCCAAAGGCCGAGCACUGGAUCGCUUCUGUCAUCUCCGAGAGGAGAUAGCGGUUUUUCUGCGCAACAACAAGCACAGGAAAGCGCAUAUCCACUUGAAUCGCAUGCGUGAUGAUGCAUUCAUGUCUGCUGUGUGCUUUCUAAACGACAUAUUCAAGCAUCUGAAUGACCUAAAUUUGGCAUUACAAGGCAGAGAUAAAACGGUCAUUGAUCUUGUGGAACAGAUGAGGGCAUUCCCCGUCAAAUUGGAUCUUUUCGCCACUGACCUUACAGGCAGAAUGUUGCAUUUCCCGACGCUCCGCGAAUACAUCGCAUCCCCGACACAAAUCACAGACGUGAUGAGGGAUUUCAUUGCAAAGCUGAACGAAAAUUUUGCUGCUCGACUGGAUGGACUUGCUCUGCCCACGGAGGUUAUGGCCUUUGCCAGAGACCCAUUCACUGCUGCAAAAGAAGGAGACUUAUCUGCCAGAGCAAAGCAAGCGGUCCCUUCCAUCGACGAGGGUAAAUUCAUUCUUGAACUUGUUGACAUGCAGUCAUCUGCUACCAUGGCUGGGGUGCUUCGCAACGAUGGGCCAGCAAAGUUCUGGAGUGAUUUGAACUCACACCAAUUCCCCAACACCAAGAAAGUGGCAAUCUUCGUGCUCAGUAUGUUUGGAUCAACAUACACUUGCGAAUCGAGCUUUUCACAUGUGAACGCAAUUAAGAACAGUUAUCGGUGCUCCCUAACUGACAACAAACUUCACCAGUGCCUUCGGAUUGGGUUGACAUCUUAUGCACCAAACAUCACAGAUCUUGUGCAAAACAAAAAAUGCCACUUCUCACACUGA